AGUACGAAGAGGCAACACAAGAAAACCGGACGACAGCUGGAAAAUCCAACGGAGCAACGACGCUGAAUAACAUAUGUGCCACAUGCAACAACAUCAGCAUUCAACGAGCUUCUAAACUACAUAGGCUCUGCAUUCACAGAGCGAACACUUCCAAAGCCCAAAGGUUCUCCACGCCGCUUAUCAAAUUGUGAAUCUUCCGAUAACACGGCGUAGAAUAUUUGACCUGGAUGUUAAACUCUGUACGGGCCGGCCCAUUCGCUAAUGCAACUUGCAUAUAUGAUAUAACCACGCAUCCCUCUUGAUCAUCCAUCGCGUAGUAGCUCUGUGGUUCGCCUGUUAGUGCAGUUUUUUAACAAACCUUGCGGUUCCAGAAUGGUUAUUCAGACACAACCGGCAAGCUCCACGCGUACAUCGGAUGUCGUCGUUGUGAUUAUUGGGUCCGGAGGCCGUGAGACGGCUCUUGCAUGGAAAUUGUCCAAGGAAUCAGCGGUGAAGCAGAUUCAUGUUUUUCCGGGCAAUGGAUAUACCAGUUCCGGAGCCAUUCAGAAAACGGUGAAGUUAGAGGGCAAACUUGACUUCGAUCCGCAGGAACCUAGUGGGUUUCCAGCCUUCGCGAAAUGGUGUGAAGAGAGCUGUGUCGAUCUUGUUGUGAUUGGUCCUGAAGCGCCGUUAGCGGCUGGACUGGUGGAUUAUCUGGACGCGAGAGGUAUUGCUUGUUUUGGACCAUCAAAACUAGCGUCGGAAUUGGAGUGGAAUAAGGCUUUUGCCAAAGAAUUCUUCGAUAAAUACGGCAUUCCUACAGCGCGUUGGAAAACUUUCACAACAUCUUCGGAAGCCAUUGAUUUCAUUCAACGAGCUCCAUUUGAAGCGUUGGUCGUUAAGGCAGCUGGUCUCGCUGCUGGUAAAGGGGUUAUCGUAGCCGAAAACCGGGAUGAAGCGUGCCAGGCUGUUAAAUUUAUUUUGGAUGAGAAGCAAUUUGCAGAUGCUGGAGCAACAGUUGUCAUCGAGGAACGUCUAUUUGGCCCAGAAGUUUCUGUUAUGUGCUUCACUGACGGGUAUACUGUUGUACCAAUGCCGGCUGUGCAAGAUGCUAAACGGCUACGGGAAGGUGAUGCUGGUCCGAAUACUGGUGGAAUGGGAGCGUAUGCUCCUGUGCACGAAAGUAUUUUGUCGAAGGAGCAGUACGAAGAAAUCGUCAGCUAUGUGGAGGCUACAGUAAAAGGUCUACAGCAGGAAGGACGGCGUUAUAAAGGCACUUUAUAUGCCGGUAUUAUGUUGACCAAAGAUGGGCCGCGUUUUUUGGAAUACAACUGCAGGUUCGGUGAUCCGGAAACUGAGGUUGUUAUGCCUCUUCUCACAUCCGAUUUAUUUGAAAUUUUAAGAAGCUGUACCAACGGAACAUUGUCCGAAGCGACGGUGAAAUUUGACCUGAAUAAAUCGGCAGUAUGUAUUGUCGCAGCUAGUGCAAACUAUCCAGAAGGGUCAUCAGUGAAGCCAGUUAUCAGCGUACAAAAAGAAAUCCAAGACUGUCAGUAUGAUGACAGCACUCUGGUUUUUCCGGCUGGAGUAUCGAAGACUGGAAAAGAUUACCUGGCCACUGGAGGACGUGUGCUAAUGGUGGUUGGUUUGGGAAGUCGGCUAAGCGAAGCUUCGAUAUUAGCACAACGUUUUCUAGCCAGCAAUAAUUUUGAUGGAAUGCAGUUCCGAAAAGACAUUGGUUACCAAAGUAUUUCAAAAGAAUUUGGUGAUAGCACAGCUCUGACUUACAAAAAAUGUUCAGUGGAUAUUGACGAGGGCGAUCGGUUGGUUGAGGAGUACAUCGUUCCUUUAGCUCGAGGCACACACCGAACCGGCCUGUACGAAGGUGUUGGUGGAUUUGGCGGUUUGUUCGACCUUCAGAAACUGAAUUACAAAGAGCCGGUAUUGGUUUCUGGAACUGAUGGCGUCGGGACAAAGAUUUUGAUCGCAGAAGACUUAAAUCAACACGAGCAGAUUGGAAUCGACCUUGUAGCGAUGUCCGUAAACGACAUCCUUACGCACAAUGCCGAGCCAUUAUUUUUCCUAGACUAUUUUGCCACUGGAAAGCUGAAAGCCGAUGACGCAGGAUUGGUAAUAAAAGGCAUCGCGGAAGGCUGCAAGCAAGCAAAUUGUGCUUUGAUCGGAGGCGAAACCGCUGAAAUGCCCGGCAUGUAUCCUGGCGGUCGUUACGACCUGGCUGGCUUUGCUGUUGGGAUUGUCGAAAAACAGCAGAUUCUGCCCAAAAUUUCAGACGUCAAAGAAGGAGAUGUGGUCAUCGGGAUCGCUUCCUCGGGCAUUCACAGCAAUGGCUAUAGCCUAGUACGAAAAGUUGUGGAACAAUCUGGGAUUUCGUUCGAUCAGUCGGCACCUUUCAAUCCGCAACAAAAAUUAAGCACGGAACUUCUUGCCCCAACAAAAAUCUAUGUCUCUUGCCUUUUACCGCUGCUGCGCUCAGACUAUCUUAAAGAGAUUCGCGGUAUGGCGCACAUCACUGGAGGUGGACUCACUGAGAAUAUUCCACGCAUAUUACCUGAGCAUUUGGACGCUGUAUUGGACUGCCAGCAGUGGUCGAUUCCACCAGUAUUUUCCUGGUUGUCUUCCGAAGGAAAAGUGGUAGCGGAAGAAAUGGCUCGCACAUUCAAUUUGGGUAUCGGCAUGGUCUUGAUUGUCUCCAAGUCUUCGGCUGAUAGCAUUGUGGAUGCCAUCCGAUAUCAUAAAGAAACCGCCAUGAAGAUUGGAACUAUCGUGAAAGGCGAGAAAAAAGUUCAGAUUACACAACUACGGAGCGCUUUAAUAUCUAGUUGGAUGACGUGGGCAGCGAUCAAGAAUUGGAACCCGAUUUGCGUAAAGAAGAAACGAAUUGGGAUUUUGAUAUCCGGCACUGGUAGCAAUAUGGAAGCUUUAGCGGAAUUUUCACGAUUGCCGGCUAAUCGAAGUGUUGUCGAAGUUGUGGUUGUAAUUAGCAACGUUCCGAGUGCUGAAGGCAUCGAAAAGGCACGCCGUAGAGGAAUUCCAGUUGAAGUAAUCAGCCAUAAGCCAUUUUCUCGGGAAGAAUACGACCGCAAAAUCAAUCAAAUGCUCGAAAGUUAUAAUGUGGAGUUGGUUUGCUUGGCGGGUUACAUGCGAAUUUGUUCGGCUGUUUUUGUCGAGAAAUGGCGUGGACGGUGCAUCAACACACAUCCUGCUCUGUUGCCCGCAUUCAAAGGGAAAGACGCUGUGCAGAUGGCGCUCGAUGAGAGAGUUCGAGUUUCCGGAUGUACUGUGCAUUUUGUGGAGGAAAAAGUUGAUGCGGGGGCCAUUGUUUUGCAAGGAUCUGUGAACGUUUAUCCUGAGGAUACACACGACUCUCUGCAAUCACGAAUCAAGGACGUCGAGCAUAAGAUAUUUCCGAAAGCCAUGGAAGCUGUGGCCCGACAAGAUGUUGCGCGAAAUGACUUAGGAGAGGUCAUUUGGAAAGACCCAGAGAGCUAUAGGAAAUAUUGCAUGUAAAUUUCUUAUCAGCGCUGGCUGACCUUUGCUAUCCGGCUUGAAGUUACAACCAGGCGAUUGAAAAUUGAAACUAUACGAGUACUACAAAUUUUCUUCCAAAUUUGAUUCGUAUUUUUUAAAAGUAUUCGUCAGUUUGGGAUAGUAACGAACUAACAAUUAUUUUGCAUUUUAUUGUCUUUUGUUUGUUUUCUCUCGCAUUAGAUUUUGCCAUUGUGGUUUGCACUGGGUAGUGUAGAAUAA